AUGAAAAAACGGGCACACAGAAACAUCAGUGACUGUGCAAGUGGUUAUACUGGUCCCGUUUCCAUGCUUCACUCAUCACUUUCAUUCAUUCGUACUGAACCAGAACAACCACUAUCAAAACAAUCGGUGAAUUUGAUUGUUGAACAAUAUCUACAGACUGUAAUUACUGUAUCCUUGUCAAUCGAAGAUGAAGACAGGUAG